CACUACUCCCUUACUUGUCUGAAAGACAAGAUGAUGUUGACAACGAAAGAACAAAUUGUCCCAAAAUGUUUCAGAGUACAAGUAAUUUGCAGUCAGUUGGUACUUAUGUGGCCAAUCAAUGUGGCAAAUAUUUUUUUAAAAUUACUAGUUUGGAUGUAUUUUGGGAUUAUUGUCGUAUCUCUAGCACUUGCAAUGGUAGGACUCCUACUCAAGGUUCUUUCGUCAAAAGAUCUUUUGGACAGAAGUGAGGCAAUUGAUAUUCUUACAUUGGUGACAUCGGCUUUAUACAAACUACUUUUUUUCUCGGUAAAACAUGAGAAAUUCCGAUGGGUUGUCAUGAAGUGUUCUAAGUUUGAAAAACUUUUGCCUGACGGUUGGAACAGUAUGACAUCGAAGCUUUCAAUUUUGCAUUCGAUGUCUGCCUUUGCAAUUAUGUCAUUUUGGUCACUCUGCCCGAUUUUGAACUGGCUCUUAGGCGUUAUAAGCUGGGAAUCGCUUUCCCUUCCUAUAAAUUCGCUGGCGCCCAAGUUCGACGGGUUUAUGUUUGGUUUGAUUUAUUUAUGGGGAUGCAUAAGCUUAUUGAGCAGUGCGCAAAUAUACAUGGCUGCAGAUAUUUUCUGCUUCAGUUCAAUACACAUGGUUAACGGAGCGAUGGAAACGUUAAAGCUGCGGCUUGAGGAUAUGAGAAAAAUAUCUGCAAAAGAUGAUAAGGAUGGAAAAGAACCAAGGCACGAAUUUCUCAAAAGUUGGAUAAAUGAUCAUAUUGAAAUUAUGGAUUAUAUUCACCAGGUAGAUUUGAUGAUGCGCUCGAUGAUUGUAGCUGAUGUUCUCCAUGCAAUAAUAUCAUUAAGCUUUGCUAUGUUGCAAUCCAGCGAGUCGCAAAAUUUCCUCGACUGGGUCAAAGGGUCUUUAUUUAUUAUCGUCUGCUUUGUUCACCAGUACCUUAACAGCCAUUUUGGGCAAAAACUUAUCGACCAGCAAGAAGCCAUAAGGAAAAGCGUAAGUGAAAUACCAUGGGAUGAGGGUUCUGUUCCACUUAUGAAAACCGUGCUUAUAAUUGCAAAUGGGACUUUGAAACCGGUGAGGUUGAGCGCUUGGAGGAUGUACUUUCUUCAGUAUGCGACUUUUGUUGAGUUUGUGAAAACAAUGGUUUCAUGGUUUAUGGUUCUUCGUCAACUUAAUGAUGAGAAGUAAAAUAAAAAUAUCCAAUUGUAGAAAAAAAAAAACUAUAAAAUGUUUAUCCUUUUAUUUUUAAUAGACAAUAGAAGGUUUGGUACUGUUUACCAAUAAUUAUUUAAUGAAUAGAGCAAUUUUUGAAAUGUUCCAAUAAAAAUUAUUAGUAGACUAUUAAGGUUUGGGUAUGGGAUUAAGGAUUAAUGUUGUAAACAUAUUUAAGUA